CGCGGGCGAGCGGCGGGGGGGAGCGGGAGCGCAUAAAGCACCGCCCGGUGCCACGGCGCCGCGCACAGCCGGGCUGGGCGGCGGGACAGCGGGGCGCAGCCAUGAGGGAGAUCGUGCACAUCCAGGCGGGACAGUGCGGAAACCAGAUCGGCACCAAGUUUUGGGAAGUGAUAAGUGAUGAGCACGGCAUUGACCCAGCCGGAGGCUAUGUCGGUGACUCAGCGCUGCAGCUGGAAAGGAUCAAUGUCUACUAUAAUGAAUCAUCUUCCCACAAAUUUGUACCAAGAGCAGUCUUACUGGACUUGGAGCCGGGAACCAUGGAUAGUGUGCGGUCCGGUCUUUUUGGUCAGCUCUUUCGGCCCGAUAAUUUCAUCUUUGGACAAACUGGUGCAGGAAACAACUGGGCUAAAGGACACUAUACAGAAGGGGCAGAGCUGGUUGACUCUGUGCUUGACGUAGUAAGAAAAGAGAGUGAGCACUGCGAUUGCUUGCAAGGAUUUCAGCUCACUCACUCCCUGGGAGGAGGGACAGGGUCUGGCAUGGGAACCCUACUCAUCAGCAAGAUCCGAGAGGAGUAUCCGGACAGGAUAAUGAAUACCUUCAGUGUCAUGCCUUCUCCUAAGGUUUCUGACACGGUGGUGGAGCCGUAUAACGCUACGCUUUCUGUCCACCAGCUGGUUGAGAACACAGAUGAAACCUACUGCAUCGACAAUGAAGCUCUGUAUGACAUUUGCUUCCGCACCCUGAAGCUCACCACCCCCACUUAUGGUGACUUAAACCACUUGGUGUCCGCCACCAUGAGCGGGGUGACCACCUCCCUGCGUUUUCCAGGCCAGCUCAAUGCCGACCUCCGGAAGCUGGCGGUAAAUAUGGUCCCCUUCCCGCGCCUUCACUUCUUCAUGCCGGGCUUCGCUCCUUUGACGGCGCGGGGCAGCCAGCAGUACCGAGCACUCACGGUCCCAGAGCUCACCCAGCAGAUGUUCGAUGCCAAAAACAUGAUGGCAGCCUGCGACCCGAGGCACGGCCGGUACUUGACGGUGGCCACCGUCUUCCGCGGCCCCAUGUCCAUGAAGGAGGUGGACGAGCAGAUGCUGGCCAUCCAGAACAAGAACAGCAGCUACUUCGUGGAGUGGAUCCCCAACAACGUCAAGGUGGCAGUGUGCGACAUACCUCCCCGUGGCCUCAAGAUGGCCUCCACCUUCAUUGGCAACAGCACCGCCAUCCAGGAGCUCUUCAAGAGGAUCUCGGAGCAGUUCUCCGCCAUGUUCAGGAGAAAGGCCUUCCUCCACUGGUUCACAGGAGAGGGAAUGGAUGAAAUGGAAUUCACAGAAGCGGAAAGCAACAUGAAUGACCUGGUUUCAGAGUAUCAGCAAUACCAAGAAGCAACAGCAAAUGAUGGAGAGGAAGCGUUUGAAGACGAUGAAGAAGAGAUCAAUGAAUAAAAAAAUCAGGUGCAAGAUUUUUCCAGGCCAAAUUCUCAAAUCUGGAUAUCUGAUAAUUAGGCUUGUAAAUCCAUACUUACGUUUAAAAAAAUAAUAAAAAAAGGGAGCAUGAAUUUCAGAUGUUAGAAGGGCUCUUCGGAGUCCGUUUGGAUCACUGAAGACAUUCAGCAUUUCUGGAAAUUGGGCCGUUCCUAUUCCUGUGACAAAUGUAAGGCAUUCAGUUAAGACUUUGGCCUAAGAGUCUGAACUUGGAGAUUGCUAGUUUGGGAUCUUUUUUCUUUAGGAUUGUCAUCCCUAAAGCUGUAGAAGAGAAGAUGUAAAACAGGCAUGAAAGUCUACAAAUUAGAGCUGCACUAUUUUCAUCCAAUUAUGAAUAAGAAUAUUUUGUGAGCUUGAAGUAUUCUGUACCAAAUAUACAAUACUGAACUGCCAGAAACAAAAUUUAUUCAUAAUAAAAGAAAAAGUUUUUAGAUAUUCUGUACAGUAACUGUUAACAGUGAUAUUUGAUUCCAGUCCUCUAAAAAUAAAAAUUAACAGUACCUUCUCAA